GAGGAUUUGUCAAAAUUUUAGGCGGGAAAGGGGGCAUGACUUCUCAAGUCUCCUUUGCGGCGUGCAUUUUUAGAGUUUUUUCUCAAUAUUUCCUCUUAUCAGUAAAAAAUAGUAAUUUUUUUUGUGUUUAGCUCUUGCUAAAGAGCUCCUUUACUUUUUAGCAUUGUGAAAAACUACGAGAAAAUCUAGGAAAUUUGGAAAUUUUUUAAGGAUUCAAGGAACUAGAAAAAAAUAAUGAUUCCAAGAUCUUCUGAGAAAUCAAACGCUUCAAUAGUGAACCAGAGCUUACACAUUAAUCUGCAGUCAAAAUUGAAGAGGGAGUCCCUGAAAUGGGGCGCUAUAAAUGUGGCUCUUCUAUCUUUCAUCACAUUUGAUCUCUCCAACAAAUGCCCAGACGCUUUCUCGCGCUGGUUUUACGUGGAAUACGCUGCAGCAGUGAUCCUGCUUCUCAGCAUAAUUUACUACUUUGGACGGUAUCUUUACAUCCUGUUCAAUUUCUCGCCUGUCGUGGGCAGUGAGCAGCAGAGGAAACUACUGCAGUUUGAAGAGAAUGACUCAUCAUUUGUCCUAAAGACGCCCAAGGAAAAGGUUCAGGAAGUUAGUGCUUCGCCAGUGAAUGUGUCCGGAAUGAGCUGGAAUUCGUCGUUCAAUGACUCCACAACGGCUCUGUCCAACAGUUGGGUAUAUAAUCGAGGAUCUCCACUCCAGGGAAGCUUCAGUCAGACCUUCAAUGCUUCCAGGGGAGCACUCAAUGUCAGCAAUCCUUCACCAAAUACAUCCACGCAUUUUGUCUCGCCGUACAAGAAUACUUUCGCCAAGGAUCAAAUGAUCACGGAUGAAACAGCCCUCAAGAAUUAUCUCAAGGAAACUUCUCUGCAGGAAGCCCGAGCGCUCCUUGAGGAGAAUGCAGAGAACAGCUUGGCUAACAAUUCUAUGAAUUCAUUUUGGAACAACUAUAAACUCGAUGACUACUCAGGUCUCCUCAAGACUUCAAUUUACCAGCUUUCUCCAACAACCAUUGCUCCCAAAUCGGGAACAAUCGAUGAAGCAGGUUUCUUAGGAGCCGAUUUGAAUGGUUCCUUUGAAGUAGGCAAGAAAGUAUCUUCAGCAAAACUUUCACAUUUCGUGACAAAUCUCAAACAAUGGAUUUCCUGCACAAUUCUCGAUCGUCUCGUGUCCCAAAUUGAUUCGAUUGAUAAAGCUUUUCGAGAUAUGGGAUUUACAGAUGUACAAGUGGGCGCGGUUGGACUGGAGCGUCUGCGAAAAACGGCAGAGAAUCAACUGGUUCUUGUGCGUGUUCCUUCUCUUCCGCUAGUGAUUCCUUUUCUGGAAAUGUCACCCAAUCAGGAAUAUCUAGUGCACAGGAUUAGGGAUUUGGCUCGGGGUACUUGUAUUGCCGACUAUCACUGGAAUGCAGGUGCUGUCCUCAACAGUCACAAAUGGGAUGAACAUCUUCCCACAGAUUCAGCCAUCAUUUUUCAUCUCUUCUGCACGUAUCUCGACAGUCAACUAAUGCCACUCCCACAGCCAGGCGGAAGGCCUUUCUAUGAUCGUUAUGUGAUUGUGGGCGACAAAAAGUCCCAGAAGGAGACUCUAGCUGAAGUGCGCAACAAAUCAAAGUGCGCUAUCCUCUGCACAAAUCCCAUCAAGCCAUUCUUCAAUUUCAUUUCUGAUGACAAGAUUCACGAGUCUGUUCACGAUCGAAACAAUCUUUUCCAUGUCCUCACCCGAUUCAUCAUCCACAUGAAAAGCCACCACGAGGGUCUCCUGGAGGGUGUCAACCUGGGAAAAAGUGGCAUCAACAUUUUAUGUGUUGUUGAAGACUGACCGUUGAGUUUAAAAUAAAUAUGAAUUUUUCCAUGCAA